AUGCAAGCCAAAUUGGACGACCUACGGCGAGAGGCUUUGGAGACGGGACUCAAAAUCAACACCAGGAAGACCCAAGACAUGAGGUGCAGAGCAACCAGUUCGGUACCGUUGCUCAUCGGCACAGAGGGUGUGGAGACAGUCCACAAAUUUACGUACCUUGGUAGUGUAGUGUCGGAAACUGGAGGGACCGAAGAGGACAUCGCUUCGAGGAUCGCCAAGGCGAGAGCAACCUUCGCACGACUCCGUCCUAUAUGGCAAUCGCGGAAACUGACUCGGAGAGUUAAGCUCAAGAUAUUCCGGUCCAACGUGAAACCCGUGUUGCUGUACGGAAGUGAGACGUGGAAGGUCACUAAGGACAUCUCGCAACGGAUCCAGGUCUUUGUCAACCGCUGUCUUCGCCGCAUUCUCGAAAUAUACUGGCCCGAGAAAAUCUCCAACACAGCUCUGUGGGAACGCUGCGGUGAGAAGCCGAUCAACCAGCAGAUCAAACGCCGCAAAUGGAACUGGAUUGGCCAUACGCUCCGAAGGGACCCCGACCACAUACCGAGGCAAGCCCUAGACUGGAAUCCCCAAGGAAAGCGAAGACGUGCCCGCCCUAAGCAGUCCUGGCGGAGGACGAUCACUGCAGAAGCGAAGGCGAUAGGGAUGACCUGGAGCGAAGUAAAGCGCGAAGCUCAAAACCGCUCGGGAUGGCGACGCACUGUGGAUGCCCUCUGCCCCAUCUAG